UUCUUGUGAACGCUUAGAAGCCAUCGCCUUCUUCCCCUGUUCCUUCCCCCUCACGUCUCGCUCUCUCGCAACAAUUGGAAAAUGUCAAAUUCGAGAUUUAUGAAUCGAAGAAGUCAAGCUUGGAAUGUUCAAGGUUACUUCCAAUUCUUCCCCAAUCGUUUAAGAAGAAAACUCCUCAUGAACUCAUCGAUUCGUUCUUCAAUCCAUCAUCUUCUCCAUUUUCACUCUUCGCCUGUCAAAUCCUCUCUCUCGAAGCCCUAGCAAGUUUCAAGCGCAUUACAAGGCGUGGAGGAAUGAUCGGAAUAGCUCUGUUGUGCCAAUUCUCCCCUCCAGAUGCGCCGGACUUCGGCGGCGGUGGAAAUCCAGCCAAUACCUUAGUUGCUCUCUAUGUGGUGGGCUCGGUGAUCUCCUUGUUGGUUCUUGCGGGGAUUGGCAUAUCUGCUUAUAAGUUUGCCAAGGCAGCUACACCAGGCGUUGUAAGAGAGUUGAGAAACAUAAAUACUCCUCCUCCACCUGUCCCUUUUCCUAACAUGGCUCCCGCAGUUCCUUGGGAAGUUGAUGCACCAACAAUGGAGAAAUUUUUUCAGGAGAUUGCCGAAGAAAAACCAGUCAGAUUCACUGCUCAGCAACUCUACAACUUCACAAGCAACUACUCAACACGGCUUGGUUCUGGAGGUUUUGGCGAAGUUUACAAAGGAAAGUUCCCAAAUGGGGUGAACAUUGCAGUGAAGGUUUUGAAGAAAAGCUCAGACAAAAGGGCUGAAGAGCAAUUCAUGGCYGAGAUAGGAUCCAUUUGCAGAACUUAUCAUAUAAAUUUGGUCAGGCUUUAUGGAUUUUGCUAUGACCAUUUCAUGAGUGCACUUGUCUUUGAGUACAUGGAUAAUGGAUCACUGGAUAAGUACUUGUUCGGCAAAAGGCAAGAAAUUGAAUGGGGAAAGUUGCACGAUAUAGCGAUCGGGACYGCUAGAGGUCUCGCUUACCUGCACGAGGAAUGCCAUCAGAGAAUCAUUCACUAUGACAUAAAGCCUGCAAACAUUCUUCUAGACAACAACUUCUUUCCCAAAGUUGGUGAUUUUGGGCUUGCCAAGCUCUGCAACCGGGACAUCACCCACAUAUCAUUCAGUGGCUAUAGAGGCACUCCUGGAUACAUGGCACCAGAGUUUCUGAUGACCAACUAUCCGAUAACACACAAGUGCGACGUGUAUAGCUUCGGCAUGGUGUUGUUUGAGAUCAUUGGAAGAAAGAGCAAUGCUGGCACGACCAUUUCUGGGAAUCCUGAUUGGUUUCCACAGCAUGUGUGGGAUGCAUAUGAAAAUGGUAAGUUAGCUGAGUUGAUUGUUGCUUGUGGCAUUGGUGAGGAAGAUAGGGAGAAGGCAAGCAAAGCGUGCGAGGUCGCUCUCUGGUGCGUCCAGGACUCCCCCGAUGGGCGACCGCCGAUGAGUGCGGUGGUGAAGAUGUUGGAGGGAGGAGUGGAGAUAAUGCCACCACCAAAGCCAUUUCAGUAUUUGAAUUCGUUCCCAAGGAAGCUCGGUACGAGUACAACAAGUUCAGGAGAAACCAACAGUAGUACUGGUUCCGAUUCUUCCGCAAGCAGAGAAAGCAAUUCUCAAUGGUACAAGAAGACUACUACAGUCAUGAGAAAAUAUGAAAUUCAAAUGGCUACCUCUUGAUUUGAUUCCCAGAUGACUUGUAUGAUAUCCCCAAAGAAGAAAAGAGAGAUCUUUCUAAAGGUAUUGUUGUCGUUACAUUGAAAAAUAUCCUUUGUGUUUGCACUUUAUUAUGUCUGUGUUUUUUCUUUUUUUCUUCUCUUGGUGACUGUAAUGAUGUUGUUUUCCAAAAGCACUUGUGUUUUGCUUAAAAAAAACACCACUUUUCGGGAGGAAAAAUGUAUAUUCCGUCUA